AUGCUAUUUACAAGAAGCUAAUGCGGCAGAUCCAUUUAAGGACCGGGAGUGGCCAGGGCUUCUUGGUUAUGGUAUGAUUGCCAACUACAGCUCCCUCCGCCCGCCCGGCGACUUGCGCGGCUGUCCUCGGACUGUCGCCGGGGAGUGACUGAACAGAGCCGGGCUGGGAGCCUUGCUCGCAGACAUUCGUUUCCAAACUGUUUCUGCUCCACUAUCAGCGCUAACCUGAAAGGCUCUCCUUACCUCAAGCUGCUGCCCUACAUGUAACUUAAUGGAUUAAAAACAACCCUCUUCACCGACAGUCUCUCAGGUACCUGGAUGUUGGCUUUGUAUCAUUUGAAACUUCUGGAAAUCCUGGAAAUUUUCUAUUCAGAUAUAACUUGGCUCAAAUUAUACCACACACAUAUAGUAUACAGGUGCUUAGCCCAAGCCUAAGAAUUACUGGACUCCUCUGAUAAGAUAAAUUCAAACAAAGUAGGAGUUCCAUCUAGGAAGAUGCAGCCCCUGAACAAGUUGAUGACUAUCUCACAUCCUCAAAACCUGACUCUGCAUGAGGUCCUGAGAGCAGAUGUGUCUUGGCAGCAGAAAAGGUCCCCAGUCAGGGAGGCCUGUGACUCUGAGGCGUCUCGUCAAAAGUUCAGACAUUUCCAGUACUUGGAAGUGUCGGAGCCUCAUGAAGCCCUGAGCCAACUCUGGGAGCUCUGUCUUCAGUGGCUGAGACCAGAGGUUCAUACAAAGAAGCAGAUCCUAGAACUAUUGGUGCUGGAACAGUUCCUGACAAUUCUCCCUGAAGACGUUAGGACUUGGGUGAAUUUACAGCAUCCAAAGAACAGCAAAGAAGUGCUAAGCCUGAUAGAGGAUGUGAUUGAAAUGCUUAAAGAUGAAGAUAGACCCUGCAAGGAUUCUGUCCUCCAGAAGGGGAGCACCUUGAAGGAGAAAAUGGAAGCUGAUUCACUAAAAGGCAAAUCCCAGGAACCAGUGGCAUUCAAAGAUGUGGUUGUGGAAUUCAGCCCGGAGGAGUGGGGGCAGUUGGACCCUGCUGUAAAGAACCUGUACAGGGAUGUGAUGCUGGAGAACUAUGGGAACCUCAGUUCAUUGCGUAAAGAGUUUCUGUUUGCCAAACCAGUUGAGGAUAAGAACCCGGAGUCAGAGAAUAAGAAACAAAUAUGGAUAAUGGAGCAAGAAAUUCCAAGAAUAGCUGUAUUUGACAGACAGAAAAUUUCAGAAAAUGAGGAUUCAGUUUCAAAGCGGAGAAUUUCUGGAGAAGCAUCAUCCCAUGGAGUGACAAUGACAAGACUGACCCAAAGUGGACUUCCUCCUGUAGCUGCCUGGAAAAGUGGUGAUUGGUUCUAUGGGAACCAGGAACUCUGGGACAGAAAUCUGCCACAAGAAGCUUUCAUUCAUAAGACAACCUGUACGGAGGGGGGCGACUUUGAAUGUAGUGAAAAUAAGAAAAGCUUUGAUGUUCAGUCAGUUAAUUCAGUUUUUGAUACUCAACAGGGGGUUCCUAUCAGGAAGGGGUCCCCAAAGUGUGAUAUGUUUAAAACUAGCUUCAAAUUUAAUUUUGACGUAGUAGGUAAGCAACAUUCAGAAAAUAAUGAAUAUGGGACUGCCUUGAGCCUGAGUCCAGAUAUUCAGCACCCAGAAAGGCAUACCACAGUGAAUUGCUAUGAGUGUUUUCAGUGCGGGAAAGCCUUCAGCCGGAGUUCAUCCCUUGUUCGACAUCAGAUCAUUCACACAGGAGAGAAACCCUAUAAAUGCAGUAAAUGUGGGAGAGUCUUCAACCGACAAACAAACCUUGCUAAGCAUCAAAAAAUUCAUCCUGAAGUAAAGGCCAAUGAAGGAAAUAAAUGUGAAACAGCCUUCAGUGAGAGUGAAGACAGUAAUAAAAAUCCAAGUCUCCAUCCUAGAGAGAAUGCCUAUGAAUGUGUUGACUGUGGAAAAUCUUUCAGCAGGAGCUCCUCACUUAUUCGCCAUCAAAUGAUUCAUACAGGAGAGAAACCAUUUAAGUGUAACAAAUGUGAGAAAACCUUCAAUAGGAAUUCAAACUGUAUUAAACACCAAAAACUUCAUACUUGAGCAAAGCCCUAUUACAAGUCAAUGUGGUGUCAGGUCCUAGACAAAUUGAUGUGGAGGCACAGGAUUCCGGAGACCAAAUUUGGCAGACUUGAAGCCCUCGGCGUGGAGGCAAGAUAUCCGAGACGACUACGACGUAACUGCAUUUCGGGAGGGAGAACAGGCGCCUAUUAA